AUGUAUGCUUCUACUUCCUUUACUUCACAACUGUUCCAUGACCUUCUGGAGGACUCUCACUCAAGAAAGCUACUCCUUCAAGAUCCACUUCACCAUUCACUUAACUCAGCCAUUUCUCCAGCUUCCAUAAACAACUACAAUUCAACAGACUCAUAUUUCAGAGGACAUAACUUCGAUGCAAAUGUUGUCAUGAUACUCUCAGUCCUACUGUGUGCUGUUGUUUGCUCGCUAGGGUUGAACUCCAUCAUGAGGUGUGUCUUAAGGUGUUCAAGCAUAGUCAUCCUUGACCCUCCAAGUGCAAGCAACAAUAAUAACCCUUCACCCCGACUGGCCAACAAAGGAAUCAAGAAGAAAGCCCUUAAGACUUUCCCUACUGUGAGCUACUCAACAGAGUUAAAACUUCCAGGUUUGGACACAGAGUGUGUGAUAUGCCUCUCAGAGUUCACACAUGGUGAUAAGGUUCGCAUUUUACCAAAGUGCAACCAUGGUUUCCAUGUUCGUUGCAUUGACAAAUGGCUAAGUUCACACUCUUCAUGCCCCAAGUGCAGACAGUGCCUCAUUGAGACUUGUAGAAAAAUUGUUGGAUCACAACAACCACCUGUGCCACAAACUAUUAUAAGGAUCGAACCGCUAGAACAUGAAGGUUUUGAGCGUAACUAUAGGGAAGUAUGCUAG